AUGCUGCGCCCCCUCAGGCGUUCGAGCCUGACGGGCGUCCAAUCUUCCGUCCGCUCGCUGUGCGAGAGCGCGUGCGCGGUGCUGUCCAGCGGCGAGGCGGGCAGCCUUGCAGCCCAGGCACCUCAUGCGCCCCCCGCUGCAACGACACGGCGGCGCAACGCGUCGUCCUCGCUGCCCUUCGGAUGCGAAUCGCCGAAAUUCAGGCCGGGCAAACCAGGCAUCCCUUCCAAUGCGCGAGCCACCGCCCUCCCCCCGCGGCACACGGCCGUCACCAGCCAGGAGCGCGCGGCCUCGUCGUGGGUGCGGUCCCGGGACGACGACUACGACACUGGGCCCAACUACGACAGCGAAAGCGACGUGGACGUCGACAUCGGCGCGGCCACCGACGGCCCCGCCGUGGCGUACAGGCGCGGCCUCGAGGAAGGCAUUUACCGUCCGGACGCCCGGCAGGUCGAGACGGUUCGGAAGCUGCAGGAGCUGCACAACGAGCUGUCGCGGGCGCUGCGACCAAAGCCCAAGCACUCGGGGCUCACCGCGGUCGACUCCCUCGAGGGCGAGAUGCCCGAAGACAUGUCGACGGGGGGCUCCUGGUGGCGGAAUCUGAUCGGGGGCGCCGAGGCCAGCCCGGACGAGCAGCCGCGCCUGGGCCCGCGCGGGCUGUACAUGUACGGCGGGGUCGGGUGCGGGAAGACGAUGCUGAUGGACCUCUUCAUCGCGAACGCGCCCGCGCACUGGGGGGUUCGGCGGGCGCACUUCCACGACUUCAUGCUGUCGAUUCACGCGGCGCUCGCGAAGCUCGAGGGGCCGCACAAGGACCCGCUCUGCGCGGUCGCGGACGGCAUCGUCGCUCGCGGCACGCGCGUGCUCUGCCUCGACGAGUUGAUGGUCACCGACGUCGCCGACGCCUCCAUCCUGCACAGACUCUUCAAGAAGCUCUGGAACCGUGGGCUCGUGCUGGUGUGCACGUCGAACCGCGUGCCGGAGAAGCUGUACGAGAAGGGGCUGCAGCGCGAGCUGUUCCUGCCGUUCAUCGCCGGCGUCAACGACCGCUGCGUCGUGCACGACAUGGCGUCGGCGGUCGACUACCGCAAGCUCGCGUCGCCCACGACGGGCCUGUACGUCACGGGCCCGCAGCGCAACGAGGCCGUCGAGAAGCGCUUCCUUGAGAUGUGCCACGGAAAGGAGGCCCCCGCGCCCCGCAGCAUUGAGGUCAUGAUGGGCCGCAAGCUCGACAUCCCCCGCAGCGGGCUGGACUACCCCGCGGCGCUCUUCACGUUCCAGGAGCUCUGCGGGAAGGCGGUCGGUGCGUCGGACUACAUCGCGCUGGCGGGCGCGUUCCACACCAUCUGCGUCACGGGCGUGCCGUGCUUCUCCGCGGCGACGCGCGCGCAGGCGUACCGCUUCGUCACGCUCGUGGACGUCCUGUACGAGCACAAGACGCGCCUCGUGCUCUCCGCGGACGGCCCCCCGCUCGAGCUGUUCAACAACGUCGUCACGCACCAGGACAUGGAAGCGCGACUCAAGUCCGACCCGACCGCGCAGGCCGUGGUGGACGACCUCGUCGUGGACGACAACCUCGGCUUCGUGCGCGACCGCACCGUCAGCCGCCUCACGGAGAUGGGGUCGCUCGAGUUCCUGCGCGCGCACGCAGACCUGCACGCGCCCGAGCUGCUGCUCGCGAUCCAGGAGGCGACGCGCGCCGCGAAGAGGGCCGCGCGGACCGUGGGGGCGGGGGCGCCGUGA